GAGUUUGGUUUAAAAACAUGGUUCGGCCGUGGUGCUCGGCACAAGUCUUCAACUUCUCUCUCAGGCAGACUUUGCAUCCUUCAGCCUCCAGCAGGUCUCUGCAGCUGUAGCCAGCAUGCCAAACUCGGACAGGGUUGUCUUAGCUCUUGGAGGAGCGGGGACUGUGGGCUCUGGGCUAGUUAAAGCACUUCUAGAUCAAGGUUUCAAAGUUGCAGUGAUCUCCAGGGACAGCAGCCGACUGGAGAGACUCCGUUCAUUUGUCUCUCCCAACACAAAGGAUAACCUCACUACUAUCGUGGGGAAUGUGGGAUCAGAGGAGGGAGCAGAGCAGGCCAAACAGGCCUUGCUGAAGGCGGUGGGGAAGGUGACAGACAUCGUCUCUUCUCUGGGCUUCAGUUGGUGGCAGGGAGGACCCCCACACACACAGUCUCUUAAAGACCUACAGUGGGUGGUUGAGACAUUACUUUUCAGCACGUUUGUCUCAUGGAAGGCCUUCUUUCCCUUGGUGAGAGACGACCCCAACAGCACCUACACCUUCAUAACAGGAGGAGCAGGUGAGAAGCUGCUGAUGCCAGGUACAGGCUUCCUGACAGUCGGAGCUGCCAGCACCCUGUCCUUCUGUCAGGUUCUACGAGAGGAGUACCCUGAUGUGUCCUGCAAGCUCAACCAGGUGAAAAUCAACACAGGUGUAGGCACUCCAGAGCGCAUGGCACCCGGCUACCUGAACCACCUGGACCUGGGCGAAGCCGUCACCGCCCUUGUGGGAAGACCAAACACCUCCCACACUGUCUUUACAAUCAACUGCCCCGCUGACCUAAAGACUGUCCUUCUGGAGAGGACCUUUAAUUCUUCUUCCAGAGUCUUUUACCACAUCUACACUUCUUCUUCUGCUCCUACUUUCACUGAACACUCUCAAAGAAAAAAAAAGAUUUACAUCUUCUUCUUUUGUUUGUUUUCUUCUCCAAGAAUUAUGAACCCUGUCUAUGCACACCGUUUCAAUUGUUGCUUCAAAUGACACUGUAUAUAAUCUGAUGCCUAUUGAGUAAGCAACUAUUUCCUCUGCACGAGCUGUUGUGAUAUGUCUGUAAAAGAAAAAUUUAGAGCUCUGAAGGCAAAUCUGAAAGGAGGGAUUUUAGAUUCAAUACAGCCAAGUUCACUCGAGUUCUCACUGACUGUUAAACAGCAGGUCGAAAAAACAAACUACUACCCCAAUGAGAUAUGAUAUUGUGUCUUGGUGGGUCGACGCCGGUUCGUUCUUAUUCUGUAUGAGUUUCAUGCUAUUCCACAGUUUGCAAAUUGGUGGCAUAAUUGCCAAAAAACAUAACAAGUGAGCUAGUAAACAUACAUUCAAAUACGUUUGAUCAAAACUGAAUUUGUGAAUAUUUAACAAAGUUGGACUUGUGUCAAUUUAGUAUUGAAUGUAAAUGUUACUUUUUGAACUGGACUAGUCCAUUGGGUAUCUUUUCAAAUCCUGAAAUUAAAAAAGAGCAACAGGUAGAGACUGGGGGAAUACAUCUCUACUACUGAUUCCUGGUCUGACAUUUUAAGGACUCAGCAAUAGUGUAGAUGUAGCUGGUAGGUGAGUUUUGUUGAUGAUUUGACCUUCCUUAGAUUUUAUGAAAUAGAAAAAGAUCCUGGGAAUACUGAAGACUAGGGGCACUCUAAAUGGGAUGUUAAGAGCCUGACAGACUAAACCAUUCGUAACCUUUUGUGGAAGAGACAUUGUAAAUUUAAGCCCUCUUAAAAUGAAUGGCAAGCCUGUAGAAAAUGUCCGAUUUUAGUAUUUAAGUUGCAAGGAGUCUAUCCACCUUUUCCAGAUGAGUUGGAUUUCCUGUGUAUCCAGCAAGUCACACACUGUCUGCAUGUGGUUUGCUUCAGAAGUAUGAACACCCCAAAAUCAAAUUUUGCUAUAUAAAUAAAAGGAACACAUUUAUGUGAUGUGUUGCCCAAUCACAGCUAAAUAGAAAUAUGUUUAAACAUAUGUUUUAUUUAUCCAAUUUUCUAUACUCAAGUCGGAGAGGAAAGUCUGACAUUACAGCCUGCGAUUGCUGCAUACUACCUCCCGAUUUCUCCAAGAAAACUGUAGCUAAGGGCACAUUAGCAUUUCUAAAGCCACACAACAAUGUGACAGGUUUGAAAGAAGAGAGAGAGAGGGAGAUAUUAGCAAUUUCAGAAGCUUUUAAACAAUGUGAUAAGCAUGUUGUUGAAGCAUUCCGACUGGUUAUAUGCUUGAAGUGAACAAGUACAUAAAGUGUUGACGUAGUUGUUGGUAGAAUUAUUUUAGAAAUUCCAUACUUUCUCACCUCAGCACACCUUGUUUAGUGCUGCAAAAGACAGUGUGAUAGUAAGUUUGUCAGUUUGGGGAGUAAAAAAAAAUGGUGGCAGGUGUCAGACCAAACUACACGCAUUUCACUUUAAGCAUUCUGACCCCUUGCAGAUGCAGAUAUUGGCCCCAGAAUAGUAAUAGUCAUUGGCAUGCUAUGAUGAAACACCCGAUCAGAACUUGACUGAUUUGCGUACACAAAGGUUCCAGCAUGGAUUUGUCCUUUUUAUCCCUUAAUGCAGAGUUUAAAUAUGUCAAAUGGAAGCUUAAAUAUGCAGCAUUUUGCUUUUAAAGUCCAAUAAACCAGAUAUGUCCUACA